AUGCGAGAUUCAGUGGAAGCAAUUGUGUUACCUCUGGACUGCCUAACUAUGACAUACCCCAUUCUUAUAUAUCCCUCAAAGUCCUCGUCGUUCCCAAAGCAUUUCGAAUCUGCCACAAACAGGUUGGUCAUUCUUGAUGAAACGAACAAAUGA